AUGGCACGUGGCAAGAUUCAGAUGAGGAGAGUUGAAAAUCCGGUGCACCGUCAGGUGACCUUCUGCAAGAGGCGCGCCGGCCUUCUCAAGAAGGCUAAGGAGCUUUCGGUUUUGUGUGAUGCCGAGAUCGGUCUUUUCAUUUUCUCGGCACAAGGCAAGCUCUAUGAACUUGCCACCAACGGAACCAUGCAAAGCUUGAUCGAGAAGUACAUGAAGUAUAACCGGGAAAUUCCGGCCGAUCAUGAUCGGAGGGAGAAACAACUUGUAAAUAUGAUGGACCCAAAGGAUGAGAUUAACAUGCUCAAGAAUGGAAUUGAGAUACUCCACAAAGGGUUGAGGUUUAUAUCAGGAGGGGUAACUGGAAGUACAAUGACUUUGGGAGAACUGAAUAUUCUUGAGAAACAUCUUGAGAAAUGGAUUUAUCAUGUUCGUUCUGCAAAGAUGGACAUUAUGGCUCAAGAAAUCCAAUUGCUGAAGAAUAAGGAAGGAAUACUUCAAGCAGCAAACAAACAUCUCCAAGAGAAGAUUGAUGAGCAUUAUGGGAUGGUUGAACUGGGACCAUUGCUGACUAACAACAUUGAAUAUCCACUGACUACUAACAUGCAUCAGUUCCCACUAACUAUACCAAAUGAGAUAUAUGAGUUUUAG